UUAAAGUUGCUUAACUGUACAAAAAUAAUAAUAAUAGGCGUGGUCUUCGAACAACACUCCGAAGAAAUUCAAGAGGCUUUCAAGUUUGCGAUGGUACAAUAUGGCAACAAUAUGAACAAAACACGACUUGACUUUCAACUGUUCGUCGACGUAAUCAACACUGCGGACGCUUUCAAGCUAUCCAGACUGAUUUGUAACCAAUUCGCUCGCGGCGUGGUGUCUAUGCUUGGAGCUGUUACCCCGGACUCGUUCGAUACCCUGCACUCUUAUACGAACACGUUUCAAGUACCGUUUGUGACGCCAUGGUUCCCGGAGAAGGUGAUUCCCCCAUCUGGACUUGUCGACUACGCUAUUAGUCUUCGACCUGAAUACCACAAGGCUAUCAUCGAUACCGUGACCCACUACGGCUGGAAGAGUAUCAUUUACGUAUACGAUUCCCACGAUGGUCUCUUGCGACUGCAGCAACUGUACCAGAGUCUCCAACCUGGAAGAGAGACAUUCCGCAUUACGAAUGUGAAACGUGUGUCCAGCGGCACGGAAGUGGUUACAUUUCUUAGCUCACUCGAAAUGUUGGAUCGUUGGAGCAACAAAUGUGUUGUACUCGACUCCAGCACUAAACUAGCUAAAGAUGCAGUAAUUCAGCACGUACGUGAUGUGAGACUUGGCCGACGGAACUACCAUUACCUCUUGAGUGGUUUGGUGAUGGAUGAACAUUGGGAUAAAGAGGUAGCAGAGUUCGGUGCCAUUAACAUAACCGGUUUCCGAGUUCUCGACCUUUCUAGGAAGAUUGUCCAAAACUUCUUUGAACAGUGGCGACGGGAAUCGAUCUCGGCCCAAGCAGCUUUGAUGUACGAUGCAGUCCAAGUGCUCAUUGAUUCCAUCCUUCGCAUGCUCCGCAAGAAACCCGACUUCCUCCGUGGCACCAUGAGGCGCAAUGCUAAUACAACUAACAGCAAAAUCAUCGAUUGCAACCCCAAAAAUAAGGUCGCUCCUUACGAAUUUGGCGAGAGGAUUUCCAGAAUAAUCAAACGGACGGAGAUGGAUGGCUUAACGGGUCUUAUUCGAUUCAACGAUGCAGGUCACCGACGCAACUUCACCCUUCAAGUUGUGGAAAUGACUGUGGACAGAGAUAUGGUUAAGAUUGGAACCUGGUAUGACAACAAGGGGCUAAUUCCGAUUGCUAGUAAACUGCCUGGGUUAACGGAGCUUGGUCAUUACGAUCGUAAUAAGACUUACAUUGUGGCCACGAUCAUUGAAGAACCUUAUAUCUUACGAAAUACCGAUUAUGAUAGCGGAAACUCGCAAUUCAAGGGAUUCUGCGUUGACCUUACCUAUCUUGUACUGGAAAAGUUGGAGAUUACGUUUGAAAUACGACUUGUAAAAGACAAUAAUUAUGGACACGAAAACCCGAAGAUGAUUGGAGGUUGGGAUGGUCUGGUUGGAGAGCUCGUGCGAAAGGAGGUGGAUUUGGUAAUAGCGCCAUUAACAGUGAACAUAGAACGAGAACAAGUCGUGGACUUUAGCAAGCCCUUCUUAUCAUUCGAUGUGAAAACCGAGAGGAGUACCACGACAAACAUCGCGACUAUUUUCAGUUUCCUACGUCCUUUAUCUAAGGAAAUAUGGCUUUGCGUCCUGGGCAGCAUUUUUAGCGUUGGCUUGUGUCUGUUCGUGGUAUCGAGAUUUUCACCGAAUGAAUGGCGUGUUAUGUCUUUCACCGACUCUCAUACAACCGAGAAUAACGAAAUUGCAACAACUAGGAAUACGGUCGUGAAUGAAUUCAGCUUUUGGAAUUCUAUAUGGUUUUCGCUAAGUUCCUUUAUGCAACAGGGUAGCGACAUUACUCCGAGGUCUCUGUCUGGGAGGAUUGUUAGUGCGGUUUGGUGUUUCUUUGCACUAAUACUCGUUUCAAUUUAUACCGCUAAUAUGACUUCUUACUUAACUAUGAAUCGCAUUAUUGAACCUCUUCACACCUACACGAGAAUGACAACAUGCCCAGCGGAUUAUGUUAAACGACCACCAAAAUCAACCAUUCAAGCCCCCGAAGACUUAUGGAUGGGAUUCAUAUCAACUGAUGGUUUUCUUGGAAGCGAUGAUAAGAACCCGUGUGAGAUGUUGGUUUCCGUAACCCAAUCUGGUGUCAAGGAUUUUGCUAUUGCUUUUCCAAAAGGAUCUAAACUACGGGAUGGAGUAAAUUUGGCUCUACAGGCUCUCAGGAAUCAGGGUGAUCUGCAACAACUUGUACGGAAAUGGUUUAUUGAUGCUAAAUGCUCUCUCGAUGGCGAGAUUCAUGGCAAGGAGUUGACCUUGACUCAAUUGGCUGGACUGUUUUACAUUCUGAUUGGAGGAUUGGCCGUGGCACUGGGCGUGGCUUUAAUGGAAUAUUUCAGGCACGGUAGAAAUGCGGCUGCUCGUGCAAAUAUCACCCUGCGGAAUGCCCUUAGAGCCAAGCCAACCGGUAAUGGUGGCGUGAAUAAUAUAAGCCCUGAUCACGAGCCUCCUGAGGAACAACUUGAACAGGAACAUUAUGAGUGGAAUGGCACAGCUUAUACUGGGUAUUACACCUCGUCUAGUCAGGCUGCAGGUCAGGAAGAGACUUCGUUGCAUGCCAGUUUCACACCAGUCUGAUCCGCAACCCGGGGCGG